AUGUCAAACACGGUUAUAACUAAUUACACGGAUCUGAAUGGACCCUCUACGAAGGCUGAUAGUUCUGUUGUUGUUAUUGUAAACAAAGAUGGAUCUUUGUCUGUAGAUCAAAAUCUACUUGGAACUCUAAUGGGUACGGAUGGUACCCAAAGUGCUGGAAUCAGUGUAGUGCGUGUUGGUCAUGAAGGGAAGCCUGAUGAUGCUACUGAUUCAGAAACAGAUGACGAGAAAGUGCCGCAUGUCACUCUUUCAGUGGAUAGUUAUUAUGAUGAACCCAACAGUAUCAUAAAAUAUGAUAGUGGUGCAGAAAUGUUACAAUCAUUGAGAAUAGAAACAAGAGAAAACAGUCUAGUUGGAUUUCAGAAUGACCAUUGUUACACUCCACUAAAAUCACCAAGUCAGACUAUACCAGAAAAAAGUGAACAUGUUAAAGCUUAUGAUGAAUCUAUUAUCGAAAUUUCUCACACACCCCCUCCUAAACCUGUACCUACUUCUAAGAAAAUAACAAUUUUGGAACAGCAAAUCAUUCCCAAGGGUAAAAAGAUUCUUAUUAAACCCACUGAAUCACCUAUUAUUUUAAAAGGUAAUGACAUAUUGAAUAAACCUUUAACUGUUCUCAAAUCAAAAGAACUAAGAGAUUUAGAAAAACCAAUAGAAACAUUACAAAAGUCUGAAGAAAGUAAUGAGUCAUCGUCUAUAAGCUCUUCUGGUGACAGCAUACCUGACAGAGAUUCUGACUCAGACUAUAAAGAUACCAAGGACAGGUCAGGCUCACUGCGCUUGAAAAAAGCCAAAUUAAAACCUCGGAUACUUAAAACUGUUCCAAGUAAAGCUUCUAAACCAGAACCCAAAAUAAUAACUAAGUUAAAAUCCAGUAGGAAUAUUCUUAGUAAAAAGGAAAACAAAGAGAAGAUCCAACAGAAACAUGUUCAGGAAAAGAAAGAUAUUGAAGUUGACUUAGAAAGUCUGCUACCUUCAUCUAAAAUAUCAACAACUAUACCACCUAAUAAUGAUCUAGGUAAAGUUGUAGUCAAACAAACCCCAAAGGUAGUCAAAAAGGAAAAGAAAACUCCAGCACAUGUAACAGCUCUGUUAUCAGAUAUGACAUCUUUAUUUUCUACUCCAGAUGUUAUUAGAAGAGUUUCUACUGACAAUAAGGUACCACCAAAAACUCCUGCUGAAAAAGAUAUGUUAUCUACUGAGAAAAAACCUGUUCCCAUUAAUAAAGUCUCAGAAGCAAAUGAUGUCAAAACUUUAGACAAUAAGUUUGAUAUUACGGAAAAACCUAAAAACACUGCACAAAAAACAUAUGUUAAGCCAAAAGAGAAAGUAGUUCCUGCUGAAAAGGUUACAAAGGCUUUUGAUCCUAUACCCCAACUGGAUGAUAUGAGCUUAGCACAAAUUCUUCAAGAUACUACAGGCAUUUCCAACCAUGCUAAAACUCAACCAACCAUUGCCACUUCUGGCAAUAUGAACAGCCCUAGUUUAGCUGGGCCAUUGUCCCCAACACUAGAUCUGUUGGGUGGACUACAACCUGAAGAAGAAGGGCUUACAGAAGACUUUUUAAUGUCAGUUGCACAAUUAGUUGCAAGUUCAGAAAACUUACAAGAGGUAAUUGAUAAGCAAGUAUUAGGUAAAGUUGAUUCAGUUUCAGUGAAAAGUCUACAGACUAACCAGACAAUACCAACACCACAAACUCCUCAGGUUAUUCACCACCAGCCAACUAAUACAAACUUAUGUACUCAAACACUGACAAAGUCGGCACAAAAAACAAUUCCGCCACGUAAGGAUCCUAUAGAAAUAGUUCGUCGUGAUGGAAGAGUUAUCACAUUGCCACCGAUUGAAGCGCCAGCAACACGUUCUUCAAAACGUAAAAGUCAGAUGGAAACAUCAGCACAACAUACAGCAAGUAUUGCCCCAGAACCUGCUCAGCCUAUUCCUCAACCACAACCAGUAGCAAUCACACCUGAACCACAAGUUCUGACAAUAUCUAAGCAGUAUAUAAAUAAGAAACUGCCUAAUAAAAAACAAGAACAGAUUAUACCACCUGCUGCUAUAGAUAAAAUGUCAGUUGAAUCUCAAGAAAGUUGGAAUUCUGAAGAUGAUCCAAACAGGUUAUGGUGUAUUUGUAAGCAACCACAUAAUAACCGUUUUAUGAUAUGUUGUGAUGGUUGUGAGGACUGGUUUCAUGGGAAAUGUGUUAAUAUUACAAAAGCUAUGGGACAACAAAUGGAAGAACAGGGUAUUGAAUGGAGAUGUCCAAAUUGUGUUAAGAAAGGAAAACCACAACCUAAAAAACCGCAAACUGCAAGUGCACAAAGUAAAUCGGAAGUGGAAUCUGUUGAGGGUGAGCUUAUAUCUCCACCAGCCACUAGUACUAAAGAUAAAGAGUUGUUAAAAACUAGUUGUAUUGUAUGCAAGAAACCAGCGCGAGCCAGCAGCAUUUAUUGCAGUAACACCUGCAUUUGGAAACAUGCACAGGAUUCUUUAGGGAAUCAAAAUACACCAUGCAAAGAAGAAGGGGAUCCAGGCAAAUCUACUGAAAAACAAAAGGCUGAAUCUAGAGUAAUAGUGUAUGAACGUAAAAGUGGUAGAUUACUUGCUGGCCCUAAUGCUCCAACUGCAGAAAACUUGAAAUCGUGGUUGCAAAGUAAUCCAACAUUUGAAGUUGUGCGUCCUGGAACACUUAGUACAAUCAAACCAGGUGUCACAAAAAAGAAGACCUUAGAACCAAAUAAAAUUCAAACAACGUUAAAUUUUGAGAGAAUACCCCGAAAAUCCGCAGAAAAUUCAACAUCUACAAAAUCACCUCAAACCGAGGUAAAAGAAAGGUCGAUAAAAUUAAUACCAACACCGAAAGCAGAGCCGAAGCCAACACCACAGCUGAAAUCCCCUGUUACACCAAAGUCUCAGCAAACAAUAUUGAUCGAAACUCCAAAACCAAGUACAUCGAGUGCGCGACCUGCGGUUGAACCACGAAAGCUAAUACGAGCAGCUGGUCGCUCUCAGUCAACGGCCGAUAAGACUCCUUCAGUAACACCGUCGACCUCACGUCGGAAAGAUUCCGCGGAAGUAAAAUUGAAGAUGACAAGUGGGGAGCCUGUAAGAGACAAUGUGCGAAAAGCCUUGCAAGAACAAAUGAGCAUUCGCAUGGCUGAAAAUAAAGGAAACAAGUUUACAGAAGAUGAAAUACAACAGUUUGCAAUUGACACCGAAUUUGAGUUACAUGAACUGUUCAGAGAUGUUGGUAUGAAAUAUAAAGCUAAAUAUAGAUCGCUUAUGUUUAAUAUCAAGGACCGGAAAAAUCUGACGUUGUGGCACAAGAUAUGUGAUCGAUCAAUAACACCAAAACAACUAGUUCGUUUGUCUCCAGAAGAAUUAGCAAGUCAAGAGCUAGCCCAAUGGAGAGAUAAGGAGGCAAAAUAUCAAUUAGAAUUAAUAAAAAAAUCAGAGUUAGAUCUCUUAGCAGCAAACAAAACUUAUGUCCUUAAAACACACAAAGGAGAAGAGGUAAUGGAAACUAAGGAAUCAGUUUCAACUGAACUAGAUCCAAACGUACCUGUCGAGGAUGUAGUUACUGCGUUAAAUGAUUCGACAGUUGGGCCAGAUGUCCUAAAAGAGACUGCUGCAGAAAACACUACCGAUAAAAUCGAUACUACAGAGAAAAAGCACAGCAGCAAAAAACGUAGUCGCCAAGAAAGCAAUUCCGGUCAUUCGAAAAAGAGAAGACGGGAUUCUAAACGAGAUUCGGGCAGAAAAUCUAGAUCAUCGAGGCGAAGAUCCGAUUCAAAAGAAGAAAAAGAUCAGAGAAGAUCUAUACGUAGAUCUGAGAAGAAGUCGAACAGAACACGCUCAGCGUCAAAGGAAAGAUCUAAGAUAGAGCCUAAAGAAAAAUCAGACUCAAGUGAACGAUCACGUCACAGAUCAUCAUCUCGAGAAAAAUCAAGGCGAAGGUCAAAGUCCCGGGAAUAUUCAAAAUCGAGAUCAAAAUCGCAAGGCCGCGAAAGGUCAAGGUCACGAGCGCGUUCUAGACGACGGUCGCAAUCAAGGGAUAGUUCAAAGCGCAGACGAUCUCGUUCUAAGCUAAGAAUUAAUUCAGAAGAUAAGUUGAAACAUCGCUCUAGAUCUCAAGAUAAUGCAUAUAUUAAGACAAAAAAUGAUUCCACAGAUUCAGACUCCAUAGAGAGGCCUAAGUCAGCAAUGUUGAAAGAAGCCCACCCAGAAUAUGACCCACAUGAACCAAUGAUAACUUCGGCAUUUUCUGAAGAAGAUCUCCGUAAAUCUAGAGAAGACGUAUUUGAGGAAAAUUAUAGAAAUGAAAUGAGCACCUUUGAAUCUGCAUAUGAUCCCUCGAAGUCAAUUGAAUCAAAUAUAAUUUUGCCUGAAACAACAUUUACGGCAGCAAAGCAGGAAAAAACUUCAGAAGUGGAAAGUGAUCAAGAACCAAGUAGUACAGUAGACAAUUCAUCUGUCACUGUAUGGAGCGGGUGCAUCAACAUGGUCGAUGUAGCUAGAUUCUAUGUCGCUGCUCACGAGGUUUCGGGAAGCUCGGCAGAUUUAGAAGAUGAUCUCAGUACGGAAUUAGAUAUUGUAGGCAGAAUAAAUCCCCUAACAGUCUGGGACUAUAUUGGGAAAAUGAAGAAAACCAGCAAUAAGGAUAUUGUGAUACUUAAACUACAAACAGCCAAUGAUGAAGAGAAGAUGCAAUACAUUGCUUUAUAUAGCUAUCUCAGUAGUCGUAAUAGGUUAGGCGUAGUAAAGGUAACAAAUAUGACGACUGUGAAAGAUUUAUAUAUUGUACCGCUGCCGGCUAACACGACGUUACCGGCCGUGUUACUGCCGCUCGACGGGCCGGGCAUCGGAGAGAUCAAGACUCAUCUCUUGAUCGCCAUUGUCAUUCGACAGAGAAAGAAGCGCCUAGCGCACCACAUUCCCACAGAUGUUAUUCCAGCAAAGGUGAAUCGGUCGAGCCGCAAGCGCUCGUACACGCCGCCCGCCUCCCCGCGCCGCCGCCCCGCGCUGCCGCUGCCCGCCUACUCCUCCGCCUCGCUCUCUACUACCGUCAAGGAUAAAAUUGCUGCUUCUCUAGUGUCUGCCGAUGACGACGAGCCGUAUAGUCCGGGCUCGUCCAACAGCAGCAACAGCGCGCCCGCAACGGGAACGGGACCACCGCCUUUAAGUUCGAACACGUUAAGGAGUAAAAUGGAAGAGCUCAACAGGCAAAUUGAAGAACAGAAACAACAGAUUCUUAAAAUGGCAAGAGCUGAUUCAUCUAUAGGAGAGCAGGAUGAAGCAUAUUCUCCGUCUCGGCCUAUGACGCCACCGCCGGUUCAAAAUGUUCCUCUCGCAGAUAUCGCGUUGCCAUCGAACUUACAAGAGAUUCUCGCGACCAUUAAGCAGCGGUCAGAGUCCACUGCGGCAGAUGUCGACAUGCGAACAUUGCCUUUAUCAUAG